AUGCCUUCAAGAUCUUCAUACCCUCUGCUGGACCGACCAGAGUCCGCCACGCUUGGUGGUACCGCAUACGUCCAGAGGCCAAUGUCGAUGGUCUCGAUGGACGGCUCCCUCCUUCGCGACCACUUCAAAGAUCCCAUCUUCCGGAACCCAUCCGACUACGACCCCGGCGACGAUGGUGAUGAAGAAGCCGAUUUGCUCCCCAAGCCAGAGUCGUCGUCCUCUUUUUCGAAAGUCGUUGCCCACCACCAUCCAACAUCAGCAAGGAGCGGGUCUGCGAUAACGAACAAGACGAACAAGCAGCUCCGAUUCGCAAUGUCAGCCAUGCGCUUUCUUCAGCUGGCAUUCCAUGUCAUAAUCGUUGGGAUCGCCGGCCGCGUGCUCACCACGGACGCUUGGAUCUGGAACCAAUUCAAUACACACUAUGUCAUGGUUCUUACCUUUGCGCUCGCUGGCCUCUGCGUUUCUGUUAUCAAUCAGGCGGUGUUCGCAUUCAUGGUAUUCUGGCUUGUUGCUCUGCUUGACUUCGCAUGGUCAAUAAUAUACUUCGGCUUGGCGGUAUAUCUAGAGGUGCAUUGGGGCCGGAGAUGUGUUCGAUCGCGCAGUUGGCACUAG